UCAAAAAAAAAUAACGUGUUAGUUACAUAUGAUAAAUACGAAUUUGCGUUUCGCAUCAAUUUCGGCAAAGAUGGCGGAGUUCGACCUCACCACGCGGAUGGGCCAAUAUUUGGACCGGCACUUGGUCUUUCCUUUACUAGAAUUUCUUUCUGUGAAGGAACUGUACGAUGAGAAGGAAAUGUUGAAAGGAAAACUGGAUCUUCUGAGCAACACUAACAUGGUGGAUUUUGCUAUGGAUGUCCAUAAAACAUUGUAUCCAGAUCAGGAAGUUCCAGCAACAUUCUUUGCUAAGAGAGGAAAUGUAGUGACACAGCUUAAGUCUUUGCAAGCAGAGACAGAAUUGAUCACAAAAAUCUUUGAAGAUCCAGAGGUGAUGAGACAAAUGCAAAGUUCAAGAGAUGGAAGACAGCUGUCUGAUUACUUAUACAAAGAACACGGGUUUAAAGCAGAAAUGAUUGAUACUCUGUACAACUAUGCCAAGUUUCAGUAUGAAUGUGGUAAUUAUUCUGCAGCAGCUGAAUAUCUCUACUUUGUUAGAAUCCUGCUACCACCAAAUGACAGAAAUUACUUGAAUGCAUUAUGGGGGAAGUUAGCUUCAGAGAUUCUCAUGCAAAACUGGGACACAGCGCUAGAAGAUCUGAACAGACUCAAAGAAGUGAUAGAGGCAAAUACAUUUGGAAGUGCUUUGUUAUCUCUGCAACAACGUACCUGGCUGAUCCACUGGAGUUUGUUUGUAUUCUUCAAUCAUCCAAAAGGUCGUGACCUGAUCAUUGACAUGUUUCUGUACUCACAACUGUAUCUGAAUGCUAUACAGACCAUGUGCCCUCACAUACUCCGAUACCUGACUACAGCUGUCAUUACUAACAAAACUAGACGAAGAACUGUUCUCAAAGAUCUGGUCAAAGUUAUCCAACAGGAGUCGUACACCUACAAAGAUCCUAUCACAGAGUUUGUAGAAUGUCUGUAUGUCCAUUUUGACUUUGAUGGAGCCCAGAAAAAGCUGAGAGAAUGUGAAUCCGUGCUGAUGAAUGAUUUCUUCUUGGUGGCGUGUUUAGAAGACUUCAUAGAGAAUGCAAGAUUGUUGAUAUUUGAGACUUUUUGUAGAAUACAUGAGUGUAUCAGUAUCAACAUGCUGGCUAGCAAGUUAAACAUGACUCCUGAAGAUGCUGAAAGAUGGAUUGUAAACUUGAUACGGAACGCUCGCUUAGAUGCUAAAAUAGAUUCAAAACUGGGACACGUUGUCAUGGGAACACAGGCAGUGUCACCAUACCAGCAGGUUAUAGAGAAGACUAAAAACCUGGCAUUCAGGUCCCAGGUGCUGGCAAUGAAUAUAGAGAAAAAAAUAAGUGCUAAAAAUACUGAGGUUCCGCAGUGGGGAGCGCAGGAGUAGUUGCCACAGUGAUCAGCUAAUACCCAUCCUUAAAAUAGGUCGAAUUCCAUCCUGUGAGGUCAUAUUUAGUGCUGAGAACAUUAAAACAUUAUAAUGCCAAAGCCGUGCUUAUACUGUGAAAGCUGUUUUUCUCAAUUACAUUCUGGAAUUGACUCAACGUAUAUUUAUUUAUUGCGGAUAAACUUGUUUGUAUUGUAUAAUUAUUAUCAAAGGAAAACAGUAGAAUUAAAUUUUAAGUACAAGAAAAA